CGGCCGGGGAAGAGUGCACGCUGGCUGUGGUUGGUGGGGAAGGGGGCACGGCGCUUGCAGGGCCGCUGCCGGCUGUUGGUGGGGCGGGCCGGCUUCUGCCACCAUUGGUCCCCUCUGCCCCCGCCGCGCGCGCAAAUCGGAGCAUGCCCACAGACAUACGCACACACUGAUGAUUGGGCACCCUGGCGCCUCCCCCGCCCACCUGAGGGGCUCAUCACACCUUGGUGCUUUUCCUCACCGUUCGGUUUUUUCCUCCUUCCCCCUUACCUCCACCGCCACCAUGAUCCUCCUCGAGUACGGUAACCUUGUCCUCAAGACCAUCCUGAAGGAGCACUUCGCCAACCACGACCCGGCCAAGCCUUCCUCCCUGUCGCACAACUUCGCCGACUUCGAUGGCGUCCAGUUCAACCUGGCCACCGAGAACACCGACCGCAACGUCGUCUACCUGUCCAUCUCUUGGCGCUGCUUCUCCGAGCUGGCUUCCUACAAUGCCGUCUCCCACCUCGAGAAGAUCUACGGCCCGCUCGUGUCCUCCCCCCGCCCGGGUUACGACUUCACCCUGGCCUUCAACAUGUCCCAGCUCCCGGCCUCCGAGACCGAGCGCGACGAGCUCAUCGAGAACCUGAGCCUCCUGAAGCGCCAUGCUCUGGCCGUCCCCUUCGAGCGUGCCUUCGAUGCCCAGCUCAAGGGCGACACCCUGCCCCUGAUGCAGAUCUCCUACCGUAACGAGGAGUCCAUCUGGAUCAAGACCGACAAGGAUCGCGUCACCGUCAUCUUCUCGGUCACCUUCAAGGACCCGGCUGACAUUGUCUUCGGCAAGGUCUUCCUCCAGGAGUUCGUCGACGCCCGCCGUCAGACCAACCUCCAGAACUCGCCCCAGGUCAUUUUCUACCCCGAGGAUGCCCCGGCCGAGCUGACCGGCGUCAAGGGCAUCGUCACCGACAAGGAGAAGAAGAAGAGCAUCGGCUACGUCACCUUCGUCCUGUUCCCUCGCCACUACGACGCCGUCAAGCGCCAGAACACCAUCUCCCUCAUCCAGACCUUCCGCGACUACCUGCACUACCACAUCAAGUGCUCCAAGGCCUACAUGCACUCGCGCAUGCGUGCCCGCGUCACUGCCUUCCUGCAGGUCCUCAACCGCGCCAAGCCCGAGGUCGUGGCCGACAAGCGCCCGGCCGCCGCUGUCGGCGGCGGUGUUCGCUCCUUCCGCCAGUUCUAAAUGCUGCAUGCGCCUCUCCUUCCCCUCUGCUCUCUGGCCGUCGGCCGAUGUCCCUCGUGGUGGGGGGAGGCGGCGACGGGGGGGCGGGGAUCUCCGGUGUGCUCUGCUGCCGUGGCUUGUGCCAGUGCGUGUCCCAUGCGGUGGCGUGAGGCGGCAGCACGAGGGGGGUCCGAGGCUGUGGAAGGCGCAUGAGACCUCUCGCGUGCCCUUUUUUGUGCGCACGUGUGAUUGUGCGCAUACAUGCGCCGCUCUCCCCCCCUCCCUUUCUCUCCCCCUCUCUCCUCCUCUCUCUUCUUCUCACACACGCAUCGUGUCACACGCAGCGUCAGGUUGCCGCUCUUCUGGGGUGGUUCCCCUGGACGGGUCUGGGCGGAGGGGGAGGAGGCGAGAGCGUCGUGCGUGAGCAGUGUGCGCCGGAAUGUGGUAGUGUCACUACUGCUGGCAGUGGCUGUUGUGCCGCGUCCGUGCGCGCGCGCCUGUCCCGCCCCCUCUCCCCUCUUCCCUCCCCUCCUGUGUCGCCUGUGUGCGCGCGCACCGGUUUGUGCCCGAUAGCGCUGUCUCCCCCCUCCCCCCCAUCUCGGUGUAUCGGUUCGCACGCGUACCGCGCCACGCCUGCUGUCGUGUUUCCCCCCAUCCCCCGCUCCUCCGCCGAUGUGGUGGGGGUGUAUGCCUCUUUAUGUUCUUUGCCCUUUCUCCGCACUCCUCCCCCCCCCCUUCCCCCCUUUCCUUCCCCCCCCCUAAUUGCAGUUCACAUCCAGAAAAAAUAGUCACAUCCAAAUGUCCACCUGCGCACUUCCCA